AACAAAACGGCUGCGGGAUCCCACAGACCGAUAUAUAUAACUAUUUUCUAAUUAGUUUGGAUUAAAUGGAUGAAGCAACAGGUGAUUUAAAACUGCCUCUUCAAAAUGAUUAUGAAUCCCUGCAAAUACAUGUGGAAGUUCAUCAGAAAUCAAACAGUACUGCAAAAAAAGAAGAUAUCAAACUAAGUGUCUUAAAGCUACUAAAUAGGCAUGAUGUUAUUUUUGGUGAUUACAAAUGGAUUGAGUUUGAUGAUUGCUUCCUAACAAAUAAUGUACAGUCAAUUGCAGUUGUCGAUACUGAGCUAAUACUGAAAGAAAGACAGCCUAUCAGCUUGAAUAAAUGCAAACUCUUAAUCCAUAUUUUUCAUCUCAAUGAGGAAGGGUCUACUACAGAAAACCUGGAUGCUGAAGAUGAGCAUAUUGUUGCAGCUAAUCAUUGGUUAUUACCUACAGUUGAGUUUCAUCGUCUAUGGGAAAGCCUAAUUUAUGAUGUUGAAAUAAAAUCAGAUUUAUUAAAUUAUGUUACCACAACAUUACUAUUCUCUGACCGAAGUGUUGAUAACAACUUGAUAUCAUGGAACAGAGUUAUUCUACUACAUGGUCCUCCUGGUACUGGUAAAACUUCCCUUUGCAGAGCAAUGGCACAGAAAUUGACUAUUAGACUUUCACAUAGGUACAGCUAUGGACAGUUGGUAGAGAUAAAUAGUCACAGCCUUUUCUCUAAGUGGUUCUCGGAGAGUGGAAAACUUGUUACAAAAAUGUUUCAGAAGAUUCAAGAAUUAAUUGAUGACAAAGAUGCCCUUGUAUUUGUACUUAUUGAUGAGGUGGAAAGUCUCACAGCUGCUCGUAGUGCUUUUCAAGCAGGUACUGAGCCUUCUGAUGCCAUCCGUGUUGUAAAUGCUGUACUUACACAAAUUGAUCAGAUCAAAAGGUAUCCUAAUGUGGUUAUACUGACGACUUCAAAUAUCACAGAGAAAAUUGAUAUUGCUUUUGUAGAUAGAGCUGAUAUUAAACAAUAUAUUGGGCCACCUUCUCCUGCAGCUAUAUUCAAAAUCUAUCAUUCUUGCAUAGAAGAACUAAUGAAGUGCCAAAUAAUAUAUCCCCGUCAGCAACUGUUAACACUCCAUGAGCUAGAAGUGAUUGGUUACUUAGAAAACGACGUGUCAAAAUUAAGUCUCCUGUUAAAAAAUAUUUCAAGGAAAAGUGAAGGACUUAGCGGCCGCAUCCUAAGAAAACUUCCUUUUCUAGCCCAUGCCCUAUAUAUUCAAUCCCCUAAUGUUAUAAUGGCAACUUUCCUCCAAGCUUUAUCACUUGCAGUGGACAAGCAAUUUGAAGAACGAGCAAAGCUUUCAGACUGUGUUUGAUGUUCUCAUUCCUACUCUGUUUUGUGGUAGUUUUAUUUACAUACAUUCUUACUUUGUUUUUCUAUC